AGACGGAGGGCGAGAGGGCAAAAAGUUGCAAGAAUUUUGUGUCGCUGAUUUGAUGUGGCCUUUCACAUCAACGUUUGCGCCGUUCGAGCAAGCCAGUCCCCAAGAUCAAGCAGAAGCGCUUCUGCAGUUGAAGUGGCGGAUGGCCGAGUAUGAUGCAACACAAAAGACAAAGGAUGAUUAUUGGAAACAGAGGAAAAGCGCACAAGAGCCAUUCAUGAUGAAUAUGCGUAAAGAUAAAAGCGAGAGUGCAAAGAAUGACGACACUCUUGCUGGAAGGGUGAGCUUGGCUCGGUUGGUUCCCCAAGAAGACCUCACGGCUUUGCGUAAAAUAGGCACAGACGACCACAGAUUUAAUAGCCGGAUCCCCAAUCAAAAAGACUUGCUGAUCGAGUACGAGAAUCAGGAUCUUUUUUUCCAUCUUUCCGGGACCCUGGAAAUGCACGAGCAAAAGGAUGCUCAGACGCCUGAACCUCAUGCGCCGUGUGUGCCUGCCCGCCCCAGCCAGGAUGGAAGAAAAGACCCUCGUCCGGAGUGGAGCAAGACCAUACUCGAAGAGCAAGAACAGGCAGUACCCUAGUAGUCACCAGCACGCCCAGCAGCUACUCUUCUUCAUGUGCUCGAGUGGGGGUAGUAGCAAGAUCUGCACAUAGGCGCACAGCCCUAGAAAUUAAAAGAGUAGCGAUGGAACAACUCCGGGAAGUUGUAGCCGCGUCUGCGUCUACUAGGACAAUAGCCCUUGGCUGGGAGAUCUCAGCCUGUUCGCGAGAAGUAAUCUGGCGUCAGUUGGUAACUAGUCUAGCGCCGUUUGCUGGCGAGGUGGUAGCUGCUGAAAGUCUAGCAGCCUCUCCCCGGAGCGGCCCGCCCGGCGCGGAAGCGUUCUGUCCUCAGCGCGACAAGAAAAGGCCUAGUACGGUAGCCAUCCUUGACGUUGCCGCGACGCUGGUAGUGGUAGCCUAUGCAAUGCCGGCAUGCUAGGCAAUUACUCUGUCGGAAGCAGAAGCGCAAGCAUAGCCAGCCAGCCGCUACCUUUUUCAUGAGUAGAAGCCUGCCGUUGGGCAGGCCAGCAUCUAUUGGUCGCCAGCGCCACGGGCCAGGCGCAGGUGGCGGGCCCCGAAAUUAUAAUUACUGGCUGCAUAAUUGCAGAGCAUCUGCAUCAUCGCGCACGAGCUAAAGACAGGCAUGCUGGGCGUCCAUUUCCAUGAGAGAGAUGCCAAAUCUCCCCAGCAGCAAGAGGCCCCCGCAGAUGGCAGAAGAUGAACGCGUCUCGGCUAAAAUUGGGUGGCUGUGGCCCUGCUCCUCACGGUCAUGGUGAUGUCGACGUCCGUGUUGUAAUCUAUUGGGUUUGGGUGCGCCAGCGGAUACAAUUGCAAGUAGUGACUAUGACUAAAAGUAGUUGCCCUUCAUUGAUACUUUUCCUAAUUUGUUUGCGAUCUAGUGUCGUCGAGCUCCGGACGCCUUUCGGCACAAGUACCAGCCCAAAGCAGCAACCGGUAGCGUCGCGCGGGGCCGUUUUUUAGAUCUUUGGUCUUUGAAAGUGAUCCGAGCUGAGAACGAAGGCCAGCAGGUGCAGGGGCAGCCUUCAGCUGGAUCGCAGUGGUCCAGACGUACGUCUUCAAUACCGAAGCACCCAGGAGGUAGCGCACCGACGGGGGCUCCCGGGGCCCGCCCGGCAAGAACUUUAGCGCAAGCGUGUUGAGCCCGGGCACUCACAGUGCCCGCCAUGCCUUUAGCUCAGAACCCGCCUCGCCGGUUGCGCCGAGGAGUGGGAACUAGUGUACAGGGGGGCGGGCGGGACGCCUUUGUUUCCAACUCUUUGUUUGCGUUCGCUCGCCGCCAGUGGAGGUCCGGUCGGCCGCGAGGCGUCUGGACAUAAGAAGUGGCCCAUCCUCCACAUCAGCUUCUUUCCGCCAGCGGUCGCCCUGAGUUGUUCUUUGCGCGGUCGAUGUCUCCCAGCCGGCGACUCCGUGCGCUUGCAUGUUUUGACCGCGCCCCUAAAUGAAGAGGUUGUGGCGCCUUCUGAAAAACAAGAUGAAGAAGAGCAUGAGUGAAACUCGAACCGCUCUCGAGACGUACAUGGCACAAAGUCAAAGAAAAAUGGAAAGGCGAGAGCUGCUGCGUCGUGGUCGUGUUGCCCUCCAUAAUGAAAAUCCGAAAAACGGUGCAGCAAUUUCCGAACUGCCUGGUGUGUCCCGGAACGGGUGGCGUUCGAUAUCCAAAAAACAAAUAGUAAUAGAGCGGGCCCGGCGCAGGAGUUACUUUGGACGUGGUGCGUACGUAUAGCAACGCGCUUGAGGUAGAUGCGCGAGUGCUAGUCAGUGGUCGCAGCUUGUCGAUGGCGCCUGCCCUACUUUCAUCGCGUGCUAUGAGAGAGCCACGCUGAUGCUGAUGUCUGGAUGUUGGCGUUGCCCUUCCAGAAGUUAAAGCUACCCGGGCGGGCGGAGGUGCUUAGAGUUUUCUGUUGAUGUUUUGCACAGCGCUCCACCUUCUUGUCUGAAAAAGACAUUUGCUUUAUCUUGCAGUUGGUGAGCAACAACAAGGUAAAAGCUCGCUACAACAGCUUAUGACUCAUCUCAUUGUCAUUCUUGUACACUCCCCCUUCCGCAAACUGUCUUCAUGGUUUUUAAGAUGGCGCGUGGUCUCCGUUUCAGUCGGUCUGUCCCUAGUUGUAGGCCCCGUGCUCUUAUCGCAGGCGAUGUCAGUUUGAGUUUAUGCGAAACCACCGCAGAACCAACCACGCCGGGCCGCGUCGAUUCUUUACAGCAAGAGCAGCCUACUUCCCUGGCCUUGCCUGGCAUGCCGCGCAGGGCAAAGGAAAGCGCUUGUGCCCGUAUGCCCGUGCUCGACGCCCUUGCCGUGUAGUACCGUGCUUCGUGCUGUUGUUUCGAACGAUGGCCCACUCAGCCUCGCGCGAAGCAACAAAAGGAGCCCCAGGCCCUCCGGUUGCAGCGCGAGCACAAUUCGGGGCAACCGACGCAACGCAAAGCGCCCGCAACCAAUGGCAGAGCGCAGAGACUGAAAGUAGAAACUCGCCGCCAUGUCCUAGACAAAAAAACGAAUCGCCCCGCCCCCUCCUCUGGGCCUUGCCCCCGGUCAUGUUGCUGUAGCACGCGGGCGCCUGCCUUUCCCAUUCCCACGCUUUUCUUUUACGGAUGAUGGAGUUAGUGGGGGGACGAGCGCUCUUGUCCGACCUCUUUCCUAGCUUGCGCGGCUGGUCAAUUGGCCUGGGUCUUCUAAGGGGCGCACUCAUUGCCACUGGCCACUCGGCCUGUAAGCUGGCUUGUCCCGCCGGUUGGCCAACUGGCCUGUAGGUUUUGCCACGCCUUGCCACUGGCAGUAAGGAAUCUCUGUGCCUGACAAUUCGAUCUCUGAGCUAAUUGGCUCAGAUGGCACUCCCUCGCGGGAUUCAUCACACACUGCGCCCGCGCCAUUGUGUUUGCGCGUGAGAUGUUGACUACUUCCAGCUGUUCGCUUGAAUGUGUAUGGGCCGACUGCCUGAUGUGGUUCACUUCGCGCACGCUGCCACACGCUGGCGCCGACCGAUGUUGUGCUUGAUGUCGUUUGCAGAUUUAUCCUGAGGGGCCGCGCCUGGGCCAAUUUGGCCAAAAAGUAAGCUGUCGCGGAAUUUGACACGCGCGCGCGCGCCAAGGCGUAAGCGUACGCACUGGCGUAGUCCCAGUCCCGCAAACAUGCACCCCCGGGGCCACCUGGAUCCGACGGAGCGCGCCGCGGGACUUCGCAUGUGCUCUUGGCUUCAAGGUGCCUGCACAUCAUGCCAAGGCUCGCAAUUUCGUGGCGGAGCCAAGUUGCCCACGCACUUUCGUGGUGGAGCCAAGCCCAAGUUGCUGAGGCGGCCGCUUGUGACAGGGUAAGUAGGGCGCGCGCUACCAUUUUUCUUCCUUCCGUGCGCCGGUGACAAACGCAAACCCCGCAAGCCUUUUUUCUAGGGUUAUUGGCAGCUCACGCCCGCGACCAAGAAUUGCCGGGCUUCUCACGUACCAACAGCAGCAGCAAGACGUCUACUCGCGCGUAGCACAUCGCGCAAAUCUCCCUUGCGCGUGACAGCUGCUUGCCCAGCGCAGGCACAGUCGACGCGCAGGAUAAACGACCUCGCACGUUCUUGCUGGAAGGACCAGCUGGCCCAGGCGGCCGCCACUUGCUGCAUUUUUUUGCCGUGCGCGAACAAGCGCGACAAGGCCCGUCGGGUCGCACCCUGAUCGCGCAGGUUGCCCCCCUCGCGGCAAGUGCGUGACCUAGAUGCGCAUGGGCAUGCGCCGCGUUGUCGAAACAGUGCGGGGCGUGCGCUGGCCGAGACGCGCACGAGUCGGGCCAGGAAUUCAAAAUCGGACGGUCUUCAGGGGUAUUGGCGCGCUUAGGUGUGCCCUAGUGUUGCAGUGGUGGCCGGUGCGUGAAGGUCGAUGAUUCAUUUAGCAUUGAUAGAUCUUGACGGGCUGCCUCCUCGUUGAGCCACACACCAGCAAUCGGUCACCAAAACCUGACGUCGGGCCGUCGAAGCGCCGUCGCGCGCUUCGUUUCCAUACCCAGCGAGCUCGAGAAAGACCGCGAGGUUAAUGAGGCCAAAAGUAAGACGGAUUCGGGCUCCAGGGAAAUUCCUGCAGGAAAAGGCCACCAGGCGAAACAACCAAUAGUGCCAGGCGUGGAUGAUUUCGGGGGGCACUCAUGGUGGGCCGCGGAGCAGAAGUCUUUCAGUGCGAUCUGGGAUUAUGGGUGGCGAGUAAUGCAGCACUCGGACGACGUAGCCAAAAGCGAAGAAAACCUGGUAACAAAGGGAAAACCCUUCCGGUUCAGAGACGGCACGACGGACUCCCGAGGCGUGUUUGGGUUCCAAAGCUCCGGAUCAGAAGGCAAAUCCGGAGGCGAUCAACUGGAAGAGGCAGCGCGCGCCCUAACGUACGAGAGUUUGCUUGAUACAAUCGAAGUAGAAGGGCCGACGGACAGCACAGCAGCUAAGUAUAAAGCGAAGACGAAAUACGGCAUAAUUAACUCCAAAUUGCUAUUGCCGGAAAACA